AUGGGGGAGCAGAGAGAAUAUGGAGGACCAUGUCUGGGGUUUUUCCUGGCUCCACAUCAGUGUGCUCGGGAGGUCAGUGAGGAGCCGUUCACGCUGAACUUCACCAUCGACAACCUGCGCUACUCAGCAGAUAUGGGCCACCCCGGCUCCCUCAAGUUCAACAUCACAGACAGCCUCAUGCAGCACCUGCUCGGCCCAUUGUUCCAGAGGAGCAGCCUAGGAGCCCGAUAUGCAGGCUGCAAGGUCACCUCACUGAGGUCUGUGAAGAAUGGCGCCAAAACAAGGGUGGACAUCCUCUGCACCUACCGGCAGCCCCCCAGCAGCCCAGGUCUGCCUGCCAGGCAGGUGUUCCAUGAGCUGAGCCGGCAGACCCAUGGCAUCACCCGGCUGGGCCCCUAUUCUCUGGACAAGGACAGCCUCUACCUCAAUGGCUAUAAUGAACGUGGUCCAGAUGAGCCUCCUACAACUCCUGGGGCAGCCACCACAUUCCUGCCUCGUUCAUCAUCACCUGUGCAACUAGAAGCCACCACAGCUAUGGGACACAACCUGAAGACCUUCACACUAAACUUCACCAUCUCCAACCUCCAGUAUUCAAUGGACGUGAGCAAUGGCUCAGCUGUGUUCAACUCCACCAAGAGGACCUUGCAGCGCCUGCUUGGAUCCUUGUUCCAGAAAAGCAGUCUGGGCCCCUUCUACUCAGGUUGCAGACUAAUCUCCCUCAGACCUGAGAAAGAUGGGGCAGCCACCCAUGUUGAUACCAUCUGCACCUACCGCCAUGAUUCCAUGGGCCAUGGGCUGGACAGAGAGUGGCUUUACUGGGAGCUGAACCAGCUGACCCAUGGUGUCACCCAGAUGGGCCUCUACACCCUGCUCAGUGACAGCCUCUUGGUCAAUGGCUAUGCACCCCAGCAUUUAUCUACCCAGAGGGAGUAUCAGCUAAAUUUCCGCAUCAUCAACUGGAACCUCAGCAACCCCACAUCCUUGGAGUACACAGCCCUGCGGAGGGACAUCCAGGACAAGGUCACCGAACUCUACAGAGGCAGCCAGCUACAAGACAUAUUCCACUCUUGCCUGGUCACCAACUUGACGUUGGGCUCCAUGUUUGUCACCAUCCAGGCACUGUUCUCUUCUAAUGUGGACCCCAGCGUGGUGAAGAAAGUCUUUCUGGACAAGACCCUGAAUGUCUCAUCCCACUGGCUAGGCACCACCUAUCAGCUGGCGGACCUUCAUGUGACAGAAGUGGAGCCAUCAGCUCAUCUACCAACAGACAAACCAACAAGCAGUCCCUUCCCCAAGCACUUCCAGCUGAAUUUCACUGUCACCAACCUACUCUAUUCCCAGGACAUAGCCCAGCCAGGCACCACCAAACACCAGCAGAACAAGAGAAGUAUUGAGAAUGCGCUCAACCAGCUCUUCCAGAACAGCAGCAUCAAGAAUUUUUUCUCUGACUGUCAAGUUUUAGCAUUCAGGUCUGUCCCCCACAGCAACCACACUGGGGUGGACUCCUUGUGUAACUUUUCACCAUUGGCCCCGAGACUGGACAGAGUUGCCAUCUAUUUGGAGUUCCUGAGGCUGACCAAAAAUGGUACCCAGUUGCAGAACUUUACCCUGGACAGAAACAGUGUCUUUGUGGAUGGGUAUUCUCCCAACAGAAAUGAUGUCUUAACUGAGAAUUCUGACCUCCCCUUCUGGGCCAUCAUCCUUAUCUGCUUGGCGGGACUCCUGGUACUCAUCACAUGCCUGAUCUGCUGCUUCCUGGUCGCUGUCUGCCGGCGGAAGAAGGAGGGAAACUACGAGGUUCAGCAGCACAGCCUGGGCUCUUACCUGCCACACCUGGACCUGAGGAAGCUGCAGUGAGAGCUCUGCGUGAGGCUCCAACGGAGCUUGGCUGGAGCAGGAAUAAACCACAUUGGUCGGACACAG